AUGAAAGGAUCUACGUUAGCUGUGGCAACCUACCCGGUCAUUCUUGGAACAGGAGCUGCUGCAUAUACUUUGCAAUGGGAUAUCAACUCGAGCAACUUCUUAGAUUACUUUGUGUUCGACACGGAAGCCGAUCCGACGGCGGGAUUUGUCAACUACGUUGACCAGAGCACUGCAUCCAGUGACAGUCUCUACAGCACGAGCAACAGCCAGAUCUACCUAGGAGCCGACAACACCACCGUCCUUGAUUCAUCUUCAACAGGUCGUAACUCGGUCCGCGUCUACAGUCAAGACACCUUCAGCAGUGGUCUUCUGAUCACUGACUUUGAACAUUUGCCUGUUUCCCUGGACAAUCAACAACCAACAAAUCCCUACGGCGAAAUUGAUAUAAUGGAGGCCUACGAUGAUGUUGCCGGUGCCUACGUCUCCCUACACACCGGCAACACGUGCAUUCUCUCAACCACUGACUUUACCGGAACGGAUGCUCGUACCAACUGCACUCUCUCAAAUGGUGGUGGUUGCGGAGUCCAAAGCACUUCCAGCCAGUUCGGAGCUGGAUUCAAUGCUGCGGGUGGUGGUGUCUGGGUGCUCUCCCUUGAAGACUCGCUUCAACUCUGGGUGUUCCCACGCGAUGAAAUCCCAGCCGACAUUACAAGCGGCAGCCCAGAUCCUACUUGCUGGGGCACUCCUCUGUUUCAAUUCGACUCCAACAAUGGAUGUGAUGUUGCUAGCAACUUCAUUGAUCAGACCGUUAUCUUCAACCUUGACUUCUGUGGUGAAAAUGGUGCCGGUGGUCAGGAGUGGUCAGACUGGACUGAUUGUGCCACUAUCACAGGUCAAUCGACUUGUAAUGCUUACGUUGCUGCUAACCCAUCAGCUUACUCGGAGACCUACUUCUCGAUCAACUCCAUCAAACUGUAUCAGUAA